GAUACAACAGUGUUAGCGUCCGACGUAUCGGGGGUGUUGAGGGCAGCUUGUGUAGAAUGAAGAUACACUUCCUUCUCUUGGUUGUCCUUCUGGGAGUACUUGUCAACUUCAGCGUCCAGUGGUCUGGUCGGUGUACAGCCGUUCUGUAUUCAACAUCCUGGUGAGAGAACAGUGUUAGCUUCUGAGGUAUCUGAGGUGUUAGAGUCGGCUGGUGUAGAAUGAAGAUACACUUCUUCCUCCUGGUAGUCCUUCUGGGGAUGCUAGUCGACAUCAGCGUCCAAUGGUCUGGACAGGUUUGUUCUCGUACAAUCUGUAGUUACAGACGUGAGCGGCGAUGUGUGUAUCGGACGUGGCUGGGCUGCUGCGCAUGGAGAUGGUACUGGGUGCCGGAUUAUCGGGUGCAAUAUUUCUGCUGCAAGGGCUGGACAACCUCCUCUUACCAGAACUGUAACCGACCAAUCUGCAACCCUUCCUGUCGGAACGGAGGUACCUGUGUGCUACCCAACUGCUGUCAGUGUAAUGAUGGAGCUAUAGGACCGACGUGCAACACGUUGGUAUGUAACUACGUGCGGCCCUGUUUCCCCGGGAGCUGUACCUCAGGCGCCAGUGUCAACUGUGACUGUUCAUCAGGAUUCCAGUUUCUAUCAAGCAGUCCGAGUGACUAUUGUAGAAAAUUGGAAUCAACCGAGAAGCCAGAGAUAUUUGAGAUAGCCGCCAGAUUGUCCUUCUGGCAGAGGGGUACCGGGAUGCCGACCAUGGAGAAGUAUUCUUUGUACGUGGACUCAACCAUGUCCAAUGUCUCCGACUCCGUGUGGACAAACAGGAAACAAUUUAACUGGGUGAACGUCACUGCGUCUGCCCAUUACAUGGCUUCAAACCUACCUGACACACCUGCCUUCAUCAAGAGCUAUGGCAUCGGGAUUGCAAAGGCUGAAGUAGAAAUUCAGCAUGAGAAGCUGCCUUUAACAGUUAAUGGGUCAGCUCCGAUUGUCAGUCUUGACAUAACUCUGCCCUGUACACCGGCAGUAUCUGAUUUCAACCCAACCUCCGACACCUACUACUGUGACAUUGCCAAGCCGGACUAUGACAGAUCUCUGGAAAAUGGAGAUAGACUGACUUUCACAUUCAAGACAUGGAGCGGAGGUUACCGAGAACUCCAGGAAUUAACUGUAAGCGGCCUUAGAGACAGGGGGAACCAGUCGUACACGGGGCAUAUGGUUGAACAGUCAAUGGAGUUCCGUUUUGACUUCAUCAAACCAACUCACAGCUGCCUGGGACCAGCGUCAUCCUGUACAGAUAGACCAUUUUCAUUAAGCCAAGAUGUGACGAAGAAUCCAAUAAGUCUCCGCUGGUCCAGCUGGACUGAUGUUCCUUCUGGCAUGCACCGCUACGCCUGGGAAGUGUUCAAACUACAGGUCGACGGGAAUCAGGUGCUGAAGGAGUUUAAACCCUUGAAGCCUAUACAUGGACCUAUUGAAGUCAAUCAGUCCUCAUCUGCCUCCAACUCCUUCCAGGCGACCUACACACCUCCACAGCCUGGAGUGUACUCCUUCAUCCUUGAGGCCUCCGACAAGGCCAAUAACUCUAUCUUUGUAAGAAGGAUCGCCAUAUACGACCCUGUUUCUAGCGUUACCAUAGAUACAGACGCAGACAGCCGACUGUACAUAUCUUCGGCUGAUCCUAAAGGGGGAUACAACUGGCAAGAUGAUCCUUUUCGAGAUAUCAAGGUCACAUGGACCAACCACUUUGUGAACCUGAAGCAUGAGGAGGGCAAGUGGUUGAACCAAGUCCUCGCCUACCCCCCACAGCUCGAGGACUUCUUGAAGAAGAUCCCUAAAGACUCCGGACAGGAUGACCACGAAGGACAGAGGACAGUAGACGCAAUACCAAACAAGAGAGGUGUUGUCAAGUUUGAGGUUGUUUUGAGGAAAGACAGCAAUGGUGGCAAGAAUCAGCAGGAACCAACCUCAGGCUGGGUGGAUAUCGGAGUCAAUGAAACAUUCACUAUAUCUGCAGGUUCACACGGAGCUCCAUUGACGAACAGGGACACAGUAACAGUUUGGGUGAGAGCUACAGAUGUCCUGGGAAACACCCGGAUAGAUUCCACCAGGGUUCACUUUGAUGAUACACCGCCUGGCGCUGAUCAGCCUGUAUUCAAGAGGAACACACAUAAGAACAAUGUACCAUUUAGUUCUACUGUUGAAAUAAAUGUUCUGGACAUGGAGAGUGGUCUGAAACGUGUGGACCUAUUCGUCAGGAAAGUGAACAGCAGCCUGGUGAUCGUUAAUGAAACUUUGCCCUUCACAACCAUAGAUUCGUGUCCAGUCUUUACAACGUGUUACUGUGCUACCGGCAAUAAAGUCUGUUUCAACAAGAAGCAGUUUCUGUCCAUCAACAACUGCUGGCUAAAGCAACCAAUGUUGGAAGAUCAGACGGUGACAAUGGAAAUGAACUUCGUGAACAUGGCGGGAAUCCAUACAACAAGGAGCUUCAACGUUGAUAGCCUAAAUUCACUGACUGGAACUCAAGCAUCGCUAUCACCUCAAGGCGUGACUGUCACAAAAAAAGAAGCACAUUUAGUGACUGUGGCGUGGAAACACUCCCCCAGUUGCUACAGCCGGACAGAGAUGUGGAUCAACUACGAGGUAAAUGGACAGACGGAGAUGAUCCGCCUGCACAAGACAGCGACCUCCUACAAUUUGGUCGGCCUCCAGCCGGACACAACCUACACCAUCGUGGUCAUCUCCCAGUAUGGGGAGCUGAAGAGCAGGGCUGUCCCGGUGACCGCCACAACAGAGUCGGGUGGACUUUCAUCGGGAGCCAUUGUUGGAGUUGUUAUAGGAAUGUUGUUGCUGCUCGCUCUCAUACUCGUUAUUGUGGGCCUGAUUCUGUUCAAACUUGGGUUAUUGGCUGGACUCCUCGGGCGUCGAAACACUUACAGAGAACGACCCCGUGUUGCGACCUCAACAGGACAAACAACGGGCUUCAAACGGAACGACCGCAGGAGUAGAUGGGCGUUUGAUAACACGACAUACAACAAGGACGACGACAUCUACAUCUACGGCAGCAUGGACCUUGGGGAACCCUGGUACAUUCCCCCCGAGGACAUCAGCCUUACCGAGGUCAUCGCAACCGGCAAGUUUGCCAGGAUCUACACUGCCAAGUGGAUGGAGACACCCAAGAACGUCCAAAAUGUGGUUGCGAAGGUUCUCAAAGUGAGGGAGAGUCAGGACGACAUCUUGCUGAUGCUGGCUAAGAUCAACUUUGCUGCCACUCAGAUGGGCAAACACACGAACCUGUUGGGCUUCCUUGGGGCUGUCAUGGAGAACGAGGCGCUGGGCCCCGUCAUGGUGCUGGAGUACUGCGAGAUUGGCCAACUGGACAAGUGGCUGACCAAGCAGAGAUCAAACAUCAAUGAGGACACCCUGGACAGGAUACAGAACUUCGCCCUGGACAUCGCUCGUGCCAUGGAGUAUCUGGCGUCCAAGAAGAUCGUUCACCGUAAAUUGGCUGCACGUAACUGUUUGCUGACCUUCCUGCUGGAGAUCAAGGUGACUGGAUGUGGCCCAAGCAAGGCUGAUGAGUCUGCUGAUGAUGCCAAAGGGGACCGCAUCCCCAUCAAAUGGACAGCCCCAGAGUGUCUGAGGUCCUUCAAGGAUGCUAACGAGAAGAGUGACGUGUGGUCCUAUGGUGUGACAAUCUGGGAGAUCUUCAGCAUGGGUGAGAGUCCUUACUCUGACAUCAGAGGUCGUGACAUCCCAACGAAGGUCAAGGGCGGGCACAGGCUGUCAAGGCCGGAGUAUGCGGAGGACAUUCACUAUCGGCUGAUGCAGGAGUGUUGGUCCGAGUCUCCAGGCAGCCGACCCAACUUCAGCACCAUCGUGGGCAGCCUGGAGUCCUCUUUCGGACUGCGACCUGAUGGCAACGACCAGAACUACUACUACCAGAGAUGAGCUACUCUGGACAGUUGGUGUGUUACCACACAUGAGGAAGCGCUAUUUUUUGCAUAUUUUAGAUCUUAUUUUACUUCCUUACGUACAUAUUGAUAGAGCCAUUUUUAACAUCGCGUUCUUGUUCCUGUUAUAGAUGAGAGAUUUUCAGUAACUAAAAUGUUUUAGAAAAUACAAUACAUACACACACUUAAUGUUGUAGUGACAAAGCAUGGAUCAAUAUUCUCUCCAACUUUGACGAGUGUCUUGCUGAACAGAGUUUAAAAGAUUCAGUUGUGAAAUAAAAGCGUCAGGGAACUGAAUAGAGUCUGUUGAGGACGUGCCACCAUUUCGGAAAGUUGUUAACUUUGUCUCGUUUCGUAACUAAUUCGUUCUUUCUUUUAAUUAUUUUGUUUAUGUUUUUUUCAUAUAAUUCAAAAUGAUACCUAGUUUUUUACGCACAUCUUGAACUAUUUGAUUAAACGAAUUUAUAUUAGAUUGAUAUUGAAAUGUGAGCACCUCAGCACUUUUUCCUUCUUCUAAUGAUCAAGAAUAUAUACGUAGCUUAGAUAUGACUGUGGUGAUUUAUUGUGGAGAAUUCACUAGACAAGGGUAAAUUUGUGUUAUUGUUGGGUACUCAUGAUCACUGUAAAAGGGUAAAUUUGUGUUUUAUCGUUGGGUUCUAACUUGACAAGGGUAAAUUUGUUUUUUUUAUUGUGGGGAUCUCACGGGACAAGAAGGGUAAAUGUGGGUUUUAUUGUGGGUUUUGCAUUAGACACGGGUACAUUUCUGUUUUAUUAUAGGGAAUUCACUGGACAAGGAUAAAAUUGUGUUUAAUUGCGUGGAUCUUACGGGACACUGGUACAUGUGUGUUUUAUUGUGGGAAUCUCACGGGACAAGGAUAAAUAUGUGUUUUAUUGUGGAUAUCUCACGGGACAAGGGUAUAUGUGUGUUUUAUUGUCGGGAUUACACUGAGGUAUGGUAAAUUUGAGUUUUAUUCUGAAGAAUUCAAUGGACAAGGGUGAAUCUGUGUUUUAUUGUAGGGAUCACACUAGACAAGGGCGAAUAAAACGACAAAACCCUUUCCAUAGCCACAGGAAAUAUCUGCUAAAAGCAGUUAGUGUUUUCUAGUUGGAAUGUUGAGUGCCAAGGAAAGUAAGUGUUAGGUUACUAAAUGCGAGACUAAACCCUUUCCCGUGGUGCAAUACCGCUCCGUUCUGGGGAGAGAGAUGCAGAACUCCUAUAAUUUGUCAUGUUCGUCUAUUUUUUAGACUAUUUUCGUCUGUUUUAUUUUUAUUCUCCUGCACGUUGUACUCAAAAGUUUGCUUUACAGUCAUGCGACAAACAUACUCAUGUUAUUUUGUUAUGGGGCGGUGCGGUAGCCUAGUGGUUAAGGCGUUCGCUCGUCGAGCUGAAGGCCACAUGGGUACAUUGUGUGAAACCCAUUUCUUGUGUCCCCAGCUGUGAUAUAGUUGGAAUAUUGCUGAAUGCGUCGUAAAACCCAUACUCACUACGCGUUUGUUAUACUUUUUCAAUAUAAAGCACCAUAAAAUACCAUU